AUGUCGGAGUCUGCAGCAGCUGGAGCCCUGGUGACUGAGAGCCUCCUGCUCUCUGUCCUCCUGGCGGAGAUGAGGCUGGUGCCCGGCCUGGCCCUUGGUCCUGGGUCACCAGAAGCCCAGGAAGGGAUGGACACUCUGGAGCCUCAGCCUCCUCAGAACCAGACCAGGGUUGGGGGAGUACAGGCUCCUACUGAUGGGGAGGAUCAGCUGGGGACAGAGGGGGCCUGGCUGAUGACCAGACAGCAGCUGUCUAGUGAGAUUUUUAACUUUGGGCUCAACCUCCUAUGAAAGAUGCCCAUGAGGGACAGGGCAACACGGUCACUCCCCUUGGCCAUGGUAGGCCUGAUGCUGGGGUCAGAGGGCAGAGAGCGCCAGGUGGAAAGCAGCCUCCACCUGCAGACCCUGAGCCAUGCCACGCCCCUGCUCCUGCCUCCCUCUUUAAGCUGAUCAGAGAGACCCUCUCCACCAGAGCUGGGCCUUGCUCAGGGGAGUUUUGCCUUCAUCCACAAGGAUUUUGAUGGCAAAGAGACCUUCCCCAAUUCACCCAAGAGGCCCCUUGAUACAGCUAUGCCUGUGAAUUUUCAGUGCCCUCAGGCCCAGGGGCUCAUGAAAUUACACAAAGAGCCUCAGGGGGAAGUUCCCCAGCUAUUUGAUGAGAUUAAUCAAACCAAAUUGAUUCUUGUGGAUCACAUCUUGUUCUGAGGGACUUGGGUCAUGGAAGGGGCUGGCCGCAUGUGGCCCACCUUCACCAAAGCUGACACUUUCCACCUGGACAAGUCCAAGGCAGUCAAGGUGCCAGUGAUGUACAGGGCAGGCAAGUCUGCCUCCACCUUUGAUAAGAAGGUUCACUGCCAUGUCCUCCCACUGCCCUACUGAGGAAGCACCACCAUGCUGGUGGUCCUCAUGGGGAACACAGGUGACCACCUGGCCCUGGAAGGUGAUCUGACCACAGAGCUGGUGGAGACAUGGCUCAGGAACAUAGUGAUUGAAGUUGAUGAGAAAGGAACUGAGGCGGUGACAGGAACCCUGACAGAAAUCACGUAUUCCCUGCCUCCCGUCACCAAGGUGCCCCGGCCAUUCCACCUGAGGGUCUACAAGGAAACCUCGAGGGUGCUCCUAUUUCUGCAGGGUGGUGAAUCCAAUCUCCUGUGA